AGCGGGAGCAGGUCCAUGAAGAGGGAUGGAGAGCCGGAGCCGUGGAGUCCGACGCAUGUGCGCCCUGAGCCUGCUGCUGGCCUCCGUGUGUCCGCUGUGCUGCCGGGCCAACUGGAUUCCGGGGCUCGGCGCCGAGGCGGGAGGCCCGGACGGGAGCGCGGGCUGCGCGGAGCUCCCGCUCAGCCCCCGGCAGCGCGCGCUGUGCCGCCGGAAGCCCCUCCUGCUGCGGAGCGUGCGGGACGGCGCGAGGCUGGCGGUGAGCGAGUGUCAGAACCAGUUCAGGCACGAGAGGUGGAACUGCUCCACCACGGAGGAGCCGCCGGGGCUCGGCCCCGAGCUCACUGCAGGGACCAAAGAGACGGCGUUCAUCUACGCGGUGAUGGCGGCGGGCCUCGUGCACGCUGUCACGCGCUCCUGCAGCCAGGGCAGCAUGACGGAGUGCGGCUGCGACGCGCGGCUGCAGGGCGGCGGCUCGCCGGCGGAGGGCUGGCACUGGGGCGGCUGCUCGGACCACAUCCAGUACGGCACCUGGUUCAGCCGCAGGUUCAUGGACGGCGCCGCCCGGAACGCGUCCGCCGCCGGGCAGCUCGGCUACACGCUGAGCUCCAUGAACCAGCACAACGGCGAGGCGGGCCGGCAGGCCGUGGAGCGCACCAUGACCACCGACUGCCGCUGCCACGGCGUCUCCGGCUCCUGCGCCGUGAAGACCUGCUGGAGGACCAUGGCGGCGUUCGAGCGCGUGGGGGCGUACCUGAAGGAGCGCUACGAGCGCAGCGUGCAGGUGGCGGAGCGCUCGCGCCGGAAGAGCCGCCGGAAGGAGCCGCGCCGCCUCGCCGCCGCCGCCGACAAGCACCAGCUCAUCUUCUUCAACAAGUCUCCAAACUACUGUCUGGAGGACCGGCGGCGCGGCGUGGCCGGCACCAGGGGGCGCCGCUGCAACCGCGCCUCGCCCGGGCCCGACGGCUGCAACCUGCUGUGCUGCGGCCGCGGCUACAACACGCACGUGGUGCGACACGUGCAGCGCUGCGAGUGCAAGUUCGUCUGGUGCUGCUACGUCCGCUGCAGGCGCUGCGAGAGCAUGAACGACAUGCACACCUGUAAAUAA